GAUAAAGUGCUAAUUAUUGCAUAUAUAAUAUAAUGGUCGCCACAUUAUCUCUGUGGCUGAUUUUCUUUCCUUCUUAAGAACCCAAUCUCUCUCCUUUCUUCUCUCUGUUCCAUCUCUUCAUUAUUUCCCACAGAUUUUGAAUCCCUCAGAUCAAAAACAAGAGAAGCCUUAAGGAAUCAUGAACAAUCCAUUAUUAUUAUCCAUCACAAACCCAGUAAAGCUCUUGAAACCAUCAACAAUCCCCUACGGAAGAAGCCUAAACACCACCACUAACAAGAAACAUCAGCAUCAAAGCAGAACCCUUGUAGUAAAUUCCAACACGAGAUCAAGAACAACAUUGACCAGUUGUAGUCUCUCGGUAGUUAGAGGGAGAAACAACAAUGGUGGUGGGGGCUUUGAUGAAACGAAAGUGGGUAGAAGAGAUCAAGGAAACGCGGUUUUGCUAUGUGCUGUAGGGUAUUGGGUUCAAGGGUCAAGGUGUUUCCCAUGGCUUGCACUUAACUUUCACAUGUCUCAUUGCCUUAACCUCAAGCCAUCGACGCUUCAGCUUGUGCAGUACACUGCUAUUCUUCCCAUGGUGGCUAAACCUCUCUAUGGAGUCCUCUCAGAUGUUCUGUACAUCGGUGGUGCUCGUAGAGUUCCUUACAUCUCCAUUGGAGUGCUUUUGCAAGGUUUAGCAUGGGGUUCAUUAGCAAUAUUCCCCGGUUCUCGAGAAGCUCUUCCUUCACUUUUUGGACUUGCUUUGCUUAGCAACCUUGGAGCAUCCAUUGCUGAAGUUGCACAAGACGCAUUAGUUGCUGAGUAUGGUUUAAGAUACCAAAUGAAUGGUCUUCAAUCUUAUGCUCUCAUGGCUUCAGCUGUUGGAGGAAUCCUUGGAAACCUACUUGGUGGAUAUUGCUUGCUCAAGACACCUCCUAGAAUCUUGUUCCUUGCUUUCACAGCUAUCUUGUCUCUUCAGCUCACUGUUUCUCUGUCCUCCAGAGAAGAAUCAUUUGGCCUACCACGGAUAAGAGAGACAAGCUUAAAGAAACAGUUUUAUGAUCUCAUGGGAGUUAUUCAGGGAGAUGAAGUCUCUCAGCCUUUGACGUGGAUCAUAGCUUCCAUUGCAAUGGUGCCUCUUCUCUCAGGAUCAGUCUUCUGCUACCAAACUCAAAGACUUAAUCUUGAUCCUUGGGUUAUAGGAAUGUCAAAAGUUAUUGGACAGCUGAUGCUUCUUUGUUUGACCGUGGUCUACGAUCGUUACUUGAAGAAGACGCUUCCCAUGAGGCCACUGGUCCAUAUAGUUCAGCUCCUAUAUGCAUUGUCAUUACUCUUUGAUUACAUUUUGGUGAAGCAAAUAAAUGUAACGUUUGGAAUCUCCAACAAGGCUUUUGUGCUUUGCUUUUCAAGUGUGGCUGAGAUUCUUGCACAGUUCAAGGUUCUUCCGUUUUCUGUCUUGCUAGCAAACAUGUGCCCUGGAGGAUGUGAAGGAUCCAUUACUUCUUUCUUAGCUUCAGCUCUGUGUUUGUCAUCGAUAGUUAGCGGGUGUGCUGGAGUUGGGAUGGCUAAUGCGAUCGGUGUAACGUGUAAUAACUACGCGAACUUGCCUGCAGGAAUCUUGAUGCAGUCUUUGGCAGCUAUGUUGCCUUUGUGGUUUAUUCAUUGUGUUCCAAUGUCAGAGCCUGGGUUUGAGAGAGAAGGUAAGAGAGGUUUGAGUAAGAAAAGUAGGAGGAGUAGACGUGUAGGGAGAGUAGUUGGACAGGAGAUUUUCGCUUACCGUCGAGAAAGAGAUGCUGAAGCACAAGCAUAAACAAGAAUCAUCAAUGUCAGUUAGAUUGUAGUUCUUCAGUUCAAAGAUUGAAGAUUAGAAGAUGAGAUUCUGUGACCAAGAAGUAUUAGAACAGAUAGAUAGUUUGUUUGGAUACAUGAUCCUCUCAGUUAACAAUCAAGACAUGGGUGCUUUUAGGUUCCUCUCACUGUUACAUUCAUGUCCUUAGGUUUGGAUACAUGAUACUCUAUUAAGAAGCAUAAAAUGUUUGAAAAGUGAGAACAACUCGGUCCAGCUUCUACAGACAUUCCUGAAAAAAAUCCAACAACAACACAAGAGCCUGUUUCCAAGCUAUAAAUUUACCAGAUGCUCAUCUGCAAUGGGCGCGGUUGAGAGAAUUCAUUUCCAAGCUUAAGCAUCUCAUAAGACAAUGAAGCAGCUUCCAUGGACAUUCCAUCUGGCUCCAUCGCCUAAGAUGAUAAUGCUACAAGAUACUCCUAUUUUGUAUCUUUCAUUAACCGAGUGCUCCUUUCUGCUAUUAGUUUUUUUUUUGAAAAAUAUUUUUAUUUUGUUAUAUCGUUGUCUGGUUAGAUCUUUACCGUAAA